AUGGCGAGAAGAGAGAAAGAUUUGGCUGCGUUGCAGUUCAUCGAGGAGGUGACGAGCCAAUGUGAGGAGGUUCAAAGGGAGGUUUUGGCUCAGAUAUUGAGCCGAAACGCCGACACCGAGUACUUGAAUCGAUAUGGAAUGAAGGGGUGUGUUGAUGUUGAGACAUUUAAGAACAAGGUUCCAGUGGUGUCGUACGAGGAUAUUCAGCCCGAUAUCCAACGUAUUGCUAACGGGGAUUUUUCCCCUAUUCUUUGUGUCCAACCAAUCACUGAAUUUCUUACAAGCUCUGGAACUUCAGCAGGAGAGAGAAAAAUGAUGCCAACAACUGCUGAGGAGAUGGAUAGAAGGCAACUGCUCUACAGCCUUCUCAUGCCUGUUAUGAACCAAUACAUGCCAGGGCUAGACAAAGGAAAAGGCCUCUACUUCUUAUUCAUCAAGUCAGAAACAAAAACUCCUGGAGGUCUAGUGGCUCGCCCAGUUCUCACAAGCUACUACAAAAGUAGCCACUUCAAGAACCGACCUUACGAUCCUUACAACCUUUAUACUAGUCCUAACGAGGCAAUACUUUGCCCCGACUCCUUCCAGUCCAUGUACACGCAAAUGUUAUGUGGGCUAUACGAGCGCCACGAGGUACUCCGUGUGGGAGCAGUAUUCGCAUCCGGCCUUCUCCGGGCCAUCCGUUUCCUCCAAGUCCAUUUCCACGACCUCUGCCACGACAUCACCAAUGGAACCCUUAGCUCAAUAAUCACUAACUCGAGCCUAAGGGCUUGUAUGAGUAAGAUCAUGAGGCCUGACCCGGAACUUGCGGAGUUCAUUAUCCAUGCAUGUGAGGGUGAGAAUUGGGAGGGGAUAAUCAAAAGAAUUUGGCCUAAUACAAAGUACUUGGAAGUGAUUGUGACGGGUGCCAUGGCCCAAUAUAUACCUACGUUGGAUUAUUAUAGUGGUGGCCUACCUAAGGCAUGUACUAUGUACGCUUCUUCGGAGUGUUUCUUUGGACUCAACUUGAACCCAAUGUGUGCCCCCUCAGAGGUUUCCUACACUAUACUACCUAAUAUGGCGUAUUUCGAGUUCAUCCCACUCGACGACAACUCGGGCUCUCAGAUUGUAAACUUGGCUGAUGUGGAGGUUGGCAAGGAGUAUGAGCUUGUAGUAACCACACAAUCAGGAUUGUACAGGUACCAAGUUGGGGAUGUGCUAUACGUGACAGGGUUCUACAACUCAGCCCCGCAAUUCAAGUUUGUUAGGAGGAAGAACGUUCUACUUAGUAUCGACUCAGAUAAGACCGAUGAGUCAGAGUUGCAAAGCGCGAUUGAAAGCGCAUCAGCUUUACUCAAACCCUUCAACACAAGCGUUGUUGAGUACACAAGUUAUGCGGACACCAAAUCUAUACCAGGACAUUAUGUCCUUUAUUGGGAGCUUUUAACAAAAGAUCCCACAAAUGGGCCGGAUCAUGAGGUAUUGGGCCAGUGUUGUUUAGCCAUUGAGGAGGCCCUUAACUCGGUUUACCGACAAUGUCGGGUUUCGGACCGGUCAAUUGGGCCGCUUGAGAUCCGAGUGGUAAAAAAUGGAACAUUUGAGGAGUUGAUGGACUAUGCAAUAUCAAGAGGAGCAUCAAUUAACCAGUACAAAGCACCUAGGUGUGUGAAUGUCAAGCCCAUUGUGGAGUUACUAGACUCUAGAGUAGUUUCGGCCCAUUUCAGCCCUUCUAUGCCCCAUUGGAGCCCACAAAGAGGCCCCAUUUAAGCCCAUUAAAAUGUAACUGUUUAGUUUGUUAGCGGACACUGGGCUAUAGAUAGCAGUAUUGCACCACGUUGUUUGACUUGUACCCGGUGACCGGUGUACAUUGUGUUUAAUUAUCUGUUUUUUCAUAAAUAAAUUACUUUGUAGUUAAUUUUAUUUCAUUUUCAGUCUUAAUAUUGUAUCAUUGUACCACUAAGAAUUCCAAAGAGUCGUUAGCCUAACAUAUUUUCACCCGAAAAAAAAAAAAAAAAAACCUUAACCUAUUGCUUGGUACUACUGUUUUACCGCUAUAGAAUGUUCGAAUUAUUAUGUGCUUAAUAUACUAAUGUAUCUACUGUGAAACAGGCUUUGAAAGCAAAAAUACCCAUCUUGGCCAUCUA